AUGUUGCAGAUAAAGCCUCAAGCUCUGAACAGUGUUGUUUCUCAAACAAAAGCCAUGAGAGCUUCAACUUAUGAUAAGGUAUGCUCUCUAGCUUAUUGCCUUAUCUUGUAUGUUCAGCUGGUUUCAUCAUCAACCAUUGUUUUUGCUUCUGCCAUUUCUACUGAAACAGAUGCUCUUCUCAAAUGGAAAGCCAGCAUUGAAAACCAAACCCAGCUCCAAAAUCUAACCUCAUGGACUUAUCUUCCAAGUAACAAUGCCAUCAAUUCUUCAAGCAAUCCAGAAACAAAUGAAAAUCCAUGUAAUAUUUGGAGUGGGAUUUCCUGCAACACUGCUGGAAGUAUCAGCAAGAUAAACCUUACCAAGUUUGGUUUACAAGGUACACUGCAUGAAUUUUCAUUCUUGUCCUUUCCCAAUGUUGAAUAUAUUGAUCUUAGCAGGAAUAAGAUAUAUGGUGCCAUCCCACCUCAAAUCAGCUCCCUCUCCAAACUCAUCUAUCUUGAUCUCUCAGAUAAUAAGUUGUCAGGAAAAAUCCCACCAGAAAUUGGUUUCCUAACAAAUCUUCAGAACCUGUACCUAUAUACAAACAAGCUAAAUGGCUCAGUUCCUCAAGAAAUAGGCCAGCUUAAGUCUCUUGUUGUUCUAAAUCUCAUGGAGAAUAGACUCAGUGGUCCUCUUCCCACGUCAAUUGGUAAUUUGAGCAAAUUACAAUUUAUACAACUACGCGAUAACCAACUCUCAGGUUCCAUUCCUCAAGUGAUAGAAAAUCUCAUGAAUUUGGUUGUGCUGAGACUUGCCAGAAACAACUUCACUGGUCAUUUGCCACAGAACCUUUGUCGAGGUGCAUUGCUUGCAAAUUUCACUGCAAAUGGCAAUCGUCUCAUAGGUCGAAUCCCCGAAAGCUUGAGAAACUGCACAACCUUAUACAGAUUCCGCCUCGAUGGAAACCAACUCACUGGAAAUAUAUCUGAAGAUUUUGGUGUUUAUCCAAACUUGGAUUACAUAAAUCUAAGCAACAAUAGAUUUUAUGGUGAACUUUCACAUAAAUGGGGGAGGUCUCUGCAGCUAACAAACCUUGAGAUUGCAGGGAACAAUAUUACUGGCUCCAUACCACCUGAGAUUGGAAACUUGACUCAACUGCAUUUGCUUAAUCUUUCUUCAAAUCAUUUAGUUGGGAAGAUCCCAAUGGAAUUUGGAAGUCUGACUUCUUUGGUGAAGCUUAUAUUGAAUAACAAUCAGCUUUCUGGUGGUAUACCUCAAGAACUUGGAUCAUUGACUGACCUUGAGUAUCUUGACCUGUCCACUAACAAACUGAGCCAGUCAAUUCCAAGUAGCCUAGGGAAUUUUGUGAAAAUGCACCACAUGAAUUUGAGCUGCAACAAGUUGAGCCAUGGAACCCCAACUAAGUUGGGUAGGUUAGCACAGCUGUCUGUGCUAGAUUUGAGUCAUAAUUCUCUUGCUGAAGAGAUACCAACUGAAUUUAGCAAGUUGGGUAGCUUGGUGACACUAAAUCUCUCCCACAAUAACCUCUCUGGUGUUAUUCCAGAGAAUUUUAUGGAACUUCAUGGCUUGGAGUUUGUCGACAUAUCAUACAAUCAAUUAAGGGGUCCUAUUCCACACAACAAAGCAUUUCAAGAGGCUCCCAUAGAAGCAUUGCAAGGGAACAAAGCUUUGUGUGGCAAUGUUACAGGUCUACACCCCUGCAAUAAUAGUCCUGUUGAAAAGAAGCAUAACUCAAAAAUUGGUUUCAAAGUUCUGUACUGCUUGAUCAUGCUUCCUGUGUUGGGAGCAUUUAUGCUUACUUUCUAUGGAAUUUUUAUUACUUCGCGAAGAAAAAGGGAAAGCCAACAAGAAGAAAGUGACAUUCACCCAAAAGAAUUCGAAUUGCGUGCAAUAUCAAUCUUUGAUGGAAAAGUAUUGUAUGAAGAAAUUAUAAGAGCGACUGAGGAUUUUGAUGCUGCAUAUUGCAUUGGGAGGGGGGCAGUUGGAAGCGUAUACAAAGCAAAGCUGCCCUCAGAUGACUUGGUAGCUGUCAAGAAAUUCCACAUUCCAUGUGAUGGUGUGUGGAGAAAAGAAUUCUUAAACGAGGUAAGGGCAUUAACUGAGAUACGCCAUCGAAACAUUGUCAAACUUUAUGGUUUCUGUUCACAUGCACGGCACUCGUUUUUGGUUUAUGAGUACCUUGAAGGGGGUAGUUUGUUUUCAAUCUUGUGCAAUGAUGAAGAAGCUAGGAAAUUGGAUUGGAUUAAAAGGGUGAACAUCAUUAAAGGUGUGGCUCAUGGUUUAUCCUAUAUGCACCAUGAUGUGUCUCUGCCAAUUGUUCAUCGAGACAUAUCCAGCAAGAACAUUUUGCUAGACACUGAAUAUGAGGCUCGCAUUUCAGACUUCGGAACUGCUAAGAUUCUAGAUUAUGAAUCAUCAAACUGGACUGCGGUUGUAGGCACAAUUGGAUACAUAGCACCAGAGCUUGCUUACACAUUGAAGGUGACAGAGAAAUGUGACGUCUAUAGUUUUGGGGUGUUAGCUCUUGAAGUGAUUAAAGGAAAGUACCCUAGCAAUCUAGUGGGGUCUGUGUUGUCAUCUGCAAUCUGGGGAGGCAAAAUGUUGGGGGAUGUGUUGGACGAUCGCCUUGCGCAUCCCACUGGUAAAAUUCUGGAUGAAGUUGUUACCAUCCUAAAGCUAGCAGUUGCAUGCUUACAUGAAAAUCCAGAGUUAAGGCCUACCAUGCAUGACAUUUCUUGUAACAAUACAAAUCUCCCAUACACAGAAAGACAAAUAGAGGGUUAA